GGACAUCGCCAUGAUGCGAUCAUCCCAAAGCUCGUUGCAAGAGAGGUCGGAAAGGCAAAGCUCAGGGCACAGGGAAGCAGGCGAAGCAGGCUUUGCAGCUCCAGUAGCUCCAGUGCUCAGCGCUUCGAGUACCGGCCGGGGAGGAGCGGAGCGGUACUUGAGCAGAGAAGGUCAAGAAAUCUUGCGAUGGGCACUGCCAGCAGUGGCAUUGUUGGUUGGACUUUUUGUGGAACAUGUUGGUUUGUACCUUGCAACGCGCAGCUAUGUGCGAUGGAUGGAUGAGCUGCACCGACCCCACACAGACUCCAUGUCCUUUGCCUAUGAAGGCGCUGACGCCACAAAGGGCGUGGGAUCUGACUUGGGCUUCUUGGUGAUGGUCUUGGAAGUGUUCAUGGACUUGCUUCCGGUGGUUUGCAUUGGUCUUGUCCUGCGAUUCGGUGACUUGCGGCUUUGGUGUCAUACCAUGUUGGUGUCCGCGUUGCUCAUGGUACUCAAGGGAUUUGCCUCUUGGGCCACGGUCGUCCCAGACAAGGGCUGGAAGGUUUGCCAAGCGCGUUUGGGACUAGAUGGCUUGCGGUACUACAGAGAGGACCAGCCUCUGGUGGAGAUGAUACCCGACAUGAUCCUGUUGGAGGUGCAAGGGCUCUGGUUAGGGAGCUCGCGACAGCGUCUUUGUGUGGUAAGCGCGCCGUUUGACGGCAGCAUUUGUUUGUGCACUAUCUUUUGCAUUGGCCUUUGCGAGGUCAGUUUGGCUUGGAGUGCCAGAGAGGCAGAGGUCCCUGCGAUGGCUCAGUGCCUGAGAUAUAUGCUCUUGGUCCUGCUUGUGGCCAGUGCCCUUUUUACUGGGUCGGGACCGGAAACUACGGCAUUCAAAGUGCUUGGCAUCGUCUUGGCAGGAGCAGCCUAUGGAAAUCCAGCCUUGGCUUUGGCCGUGGAGGCCUGGUCUCGUCACACGGAGCCCGAAGUCAAAGCCAGCGGCGUUGGAGGUCCAUCUGUGAUGACUUCGUUCUCCUCUGCGCUGUCACCCAACUCCAGUGUAGCCCUCGUGGGAACCAGGAGGCAAAUCUCCGAACUUGGCGAAGAAGGUGCUGGUGACGUGGGGAAGGUCUUCAUGCUCCCGGCGACUGCACGACACUGCUACAUGCAGCAGUAUCCGCAAGAAAGUUCCUUGCUGCAGAAAAAGGCGUUGCUUCAGCAGUUGCUGAAAGCCAUGCACAAGGCGCAGGAACAGCUUGGACGGAGAGAGCAAAAGAAAAGCGAGCUGCUGAAGAAAGAGCAGGCGGAUGAGCUUCUCAGCGCCCGGCGAGCUGACCGCUUCGCAGAACAACGCAUGCAGGAGGCGCUCUCCGACCAGCAGCGAAUGCUCAACAGCCGUGCAAAGAAGAAAAAACACCAGACUCUGAACUUCCAGGAACGUGGCAAUGCCCAACUACUGAAGAAUACCCUGAGAGCCUGCAAAUCCUUGAGCGAGAUCUGAGCCAAGGAUGCGCGUUUGCGCGCCUUCCCUAUUGGGAUUCCCAUAGGAAAACUGGCAAGUUUGCCUCAAGCCAUCAGCCAAAGAACAGCUUUUGGCAUGUUUCUGAAAUUCAUCGGAGACGACGUGACGUCGCAGCCCUUGCGUCGUAAA